GCAACAGGUGUGGGAGAGCGCACAUACAGCAGCGCGAGGAAGAGCUCACCAUCAUCAUCAUGGCAAACCACAACCCAGCCCGUGUUGUGCUCAUGUUCCUCGGAUUCCUAACCUUUCUAGCCGCCAUAACCUUAAACUCACUCUCUGGAUUUAGCAACAAUUUAGGUAUUUUCACGCAGAUGACGGAGGAUGUAUCGUUGAAGUACACAACACUGUUUACUCCAGCUCAGUGGACGUUCUUUGUGUGGGAUUUCAUAUACUUUUGGGUUUUUGCCAUGUUCUCAUACAUGGUUGUUGGACUCUGCAGAAGGAGUGCUUAUGGCUUCAUGUUUACCACGCCCGCUGUGCUGCCCUACGGAUUUCACAUCUCUGUGAUUAUCAACAUGUUGUUUAAUAUCACGUGGUUAUUUCUGUUUGACAGAGAGAUGCUGUUCACAGUACUGAUAACCUCAUUACUGAUGACCGCCACCAGUUACAUGAUUCUUUUCUUCUCCUGUUGGGGACUGAGGGUCUAUGGAGGCUGGUUGCACAAAUUCCAUCGAACAGACCUUUGGCUCAUCAGAAUAUUGGUGCAAAAUGGAAUGGCGGUGUACGCGACAUGGGGCAUGCUCUGCACUUUACUCAACCUGACUAUAUAUUUGCAGUAUCAGACUGAAACCUUGAAGUGUUACUGUGUAAUGGCGUCUCUGCUGCUGCUUCUGAUGGAGCUGUUAGCCUGGUUUUUAUUGGAGAACUUCUGGCUAGAUAACGAUGUGCGCUAUGUUCUGACCAUCUACCCUGUGGUAGUUCUGUGGUUAACAGCCACCCUGCAAAACUCCACCUCCUCUGGAGGUCACGUGUACAUCUUUGCCGCUUUUAUCCUGGCGGUUUCCUGCAUCUUAUUUGUGGUGCGCAUUGCUCUGGUCACAUGGAGGCAUUACAAGCGACCGCUUUACAGCACCAGCGGGCUGAGCAUGUCACCAGUCGAAAUCGCACUGAAACACAACAAACUCUUCCUGUGAAUGUUUUGUUAAAUAAUAUUGUUCCAAGUUGAAAUACAAAGAUGAUGUGUAGUUUUUACAGUUUAGCAUUUCAGGCUGCCCAUUCAGAUGGAAUAUUUUAUUCAAUUCAAU